UUUGUCUUCUCGCUUUCCGUCGUCAGCUAACUGUCAUGGCGGACUACCGAGAAGCGCCCUUGGCAUCACGACCAAAAACAUUGGACCCAAAUGAAUAUUUUAACCUUUCCCCCGAGUAUCGAAGGGCUGAGGAGGCCAGGGGGAAAUUGCGGGCGAAUCUGAAGAGGCAGUACCAGAUGCAACUUAACAACCCGCAUAGAAAAGAACUGAUUGAAGAUCCCGCCCUGACACGCUGGGUGUUUGCCCGUGGAAACCCCUACGAACACUUCAAGCCCACCUUCAAGACAUCUCUGUUGGGUACCAUGUUUGGAGUAUUUCCACUCGUCUUCUUAUACUACGUCUUCAAGACGGACAGGGACAAUCGAGAAAAACAGAUUAAAGACGGAACUCUGGUACGCAAGUUCAAUUUGACAUCAUGAGAUUCACUGUACAAAGACCAUCCUGUCUCUUGUUUUGGUGUGUGUAAUUAUUAAUAAAAGAAAUGUCGACUAUCGUA